CUCAGAACUUUCUUCUCACUGUCACAUUCGCUCCAUAUUCUUCCCGCAGGAAAAACGAGGACAGAGAAGGUUACAAUGGCAGGUGUGGUGGUUAUGAACAUGUCCUUCAAGGUCGGCCAGACCCUAACCGUCACAGGAGUCCCCAACGCAGAUGCAAGCAACUUUGCCAUCAACAUUGGGAACAGCAAGGAUGAGCUGGCCCUGCACAUGAACCCACGCUUUGACGCCCACGGCGACAGCCGCGCUGUCGUCUGCAACUCCUUUCAUGGCGGCAACUGGUGUGAGGAGCACAGAGAGGGAGGCUUUCCCUUCAACCUGGGAGAGGAGUUCAAGAUCCUGAUGACCUUUACCAAAGAAGAAUUUGAGAUCACUCUUUCAGAUGGCUCCCAGAUCCACUUUCCAAACCGCCUGGGAGGAGAAAAGUAUAUAUACAUGCAUUUUGAGGGGGACGUCAGGAUUCAUGGCGUUGUGGUCAAGUAGAUCUAUCAGGAAGGGACCUAAAUUGUGCCUUUUGGCUAAUAACUGGUUCCACCGCUGCUCCGUAUGGUGCUUUCAUGUUCAGCUACUCAGUCUAAGUAUCCAUAUCUAAAAUACUGCAUUUAACAGAAAACAUACUGAAAACCCAACUCUCACAGCAGGCUUCAGCACUUCUUAAUGCAGGUUGGUUUUGUGAUACAUAACAUAAUGAAUGAUGGAGAUACCAGUCUGAACCAGCAGGGGAGCCAGAGACCAAAGUAUGACACCAGACCUCUGCAGUCUUUUGCCAUCACAUGAUGGUGAAAUGUGGAAUUUGCAAAAAAUCACCCUGUCUGUUCCAAGCUUUUUAUGCUAAAAUCAUUCCACAGUGUUGACCAAUUGAUUCAGUGCUUUCAGUGUUUUGUAACCAAUUGCAACUGCAUUAAAAGUUUUUCAAUCAA